UUCGUUCGUUCGUUUCAGUUUGAGUGCAGCUUUCAGCCUUGACGUUUCUACGAUUUUAUUUUGUGAACCGUGUGCUCGAGCGAGUGUAUGGGAAUACUUACCUACCUUCUUGAUUUUACUUCAAACUAGUUUAAUCGAAAAUAAGCUCUGGUCCUCGCGUAACAACUCGUGACGAUUAUCUGGAACGGGAUUUCUGUGUCGGGAACCGCGGGUCGCUAUUAUUAUUGGUGAAAAAGGUGAUCCCGUGGGCAUAUAUGCGAUAAGAGUUGUGUUCGACGGCAGAAUGCUUCCGGGUGCUUCCUGAUUUAUGUGGAUUUCAUUAUUCCCCCAUCGCAGUGGUAUCGAUAUCUUCCGUCGAGGCCCCACCAGAAGCAGCUUGAAGUCUGCUCACGUCGAGUGUGUUAAGGUGUAAACAAGCCAUCAGAGAGGUAGAAAGGAAAAGGUGCUGAAUUCAAGGUGAAAUAAAACUUUCCAGCUUCUAGCUAAUGCCCUGAAGAAAGUUUCUUGGAAGAAUAGAAUCAGCAAAGGUAGUGAUUGUGAUUGUGAUCCUCUGGAAGCGAAGUGCACAUAUUCCUCAAAUACUUGGAAUCCAUCCUAAUUCUUUGGGACCGUAAAAAGUGGUUCCGCAUCGGUGCUUUGCUGUGAAACUGAAACGACAACCAGGAAACGGUGGCAGUCUAACCUGAGAUUCGAGCAAGAUGGCAGAUCAGGAAUCGGACAUGGAAUACUCAUCCGAUAAUGACGAGUUUGAGGAUUACUACAAUUCAGGCCUAGAAGAUUGCGACAUCGAGCAGAUAGACCCGAAGCGAUCUGACCCGGAAUAUUUCGUGUACGAAUGUUUGAACGUCGAGGAGGUGGAAAAGCUGCUGAACGAAUCAGUAGAACGACUAAGCAAUCAACUUCAUAUCACACCCUCGCUGGCCAAGGUGCUACUCCACGAGACCAAAUGGAACACUGCCGAGGUUGUGGAAAAAUAUCGAAACAACGCAUCCAACCUACUUGUGAGUGCCCGUAUCAAAGCUGCCCCAUCGGUUAUGGCAUCGACUUCAUCUGCUACCGUCGUACCCCUAUUGGUUCCUAGCAGUAGUAGCAAUUCGAGUGCAGUGCUCCUUCCAGUGUGCAGUAUGAUUCCAGCCACCGGUCCCAUACCGGGCACUAGUGCGAAACCGACUAUUCAAACCAUGUCUUCAUCUGCAUAUCGAACCCACCUUUGUCCAGUUUGCGUUACCGUCCAAUCGAUGGAUAAAUUUCAUAGUCUAUCCUGCCAGCAUUCGUUCUGUCGGGACUGUUGGGCGAUGCACUUCGAAAUUCAAAUCAGCCAGGGCAUUUCCACGCAAAUUGGCUGCAUGGAGCAACGAUGCGACGUUCGGGUGCCAGAAGAUUUGGUAUUGAACCUACUUAACCGGCCUAUGUUGAGAGACAAGUACCAGCAGUUUGCCUUCGCCGACUACGUGAAAUCGCAUCCAGAGCUGCGAUUUUGUCCCGGACCAAAUUGUCAGAUAAUCAUUCGCAGUGCGGAUAUCAGCCCGAAGAAGGCUAUCUGCAAGAUUUGUAUGACCUCGUUCUGUUUCCGCUGCGGGACUGACUAUCACGCUCCAACCGAUUGCCAAAUCAUCCGCAAGUGGCUAACCAAAUGUGCCGACGAUAGUGAAACGGCCAACUACAUCAGUGCCCAUACGAAGGACUGUCCCAAGUGUCACAUUUGCAUCGAAAAGAACGGUGGCUGUAAUCAUAUGCAGUGCUUCAACUGUAAGCACGACUUUUGCUGGAUGUGCCUUGGAGAUUGGAAGGCCCAUGGAUCGGAAUAUUACGAAUGUUCGCGCUACAAGGAAAAUCCCAACAUUGCCCACGAAUCCGUACAUGCACAGGCCCGCGAAGCACUCAAAAAGUACCUUCAUUACUACGAACGAUGGGAAAACCAUUCGAAAUCGCUCCAACUCGAAGAACAGACACUGGACCGCAUGAAGACCCGCAUCAACGAGAAAGUCAUGAAGGGUCUCGGAACCUGGAUCGACUGGCAGUAUCUGUUCGAUGCGGCCGCUCUCCUGGCAAAAUGUCGAUACACGCUUCAAUAUACCUAUCCCUACGCGUACUUCAUGGAGGCAGGGUCCCGAAAGGAUCUCUUCGAGUACCAACAAGCUCAGCUGGAAGCGGAAAUCGAAAACCUUUCGUGGAAAGUGGAAAGAGCGGAAACCACCGAUCGGGGCGAUCUGGAAAACCAAAUGGACGUUGCUGAGAAACGAAGAACCACCCUGCUAAAAGAUUUCUUUCCAACCGAAGCGUGAGCCGCCACCAGGGAUAGGAACGAGAUAGAUUUUAAAGCAACGCCUAGAGGUAAAUGAACGAAAACUGAGAUAUUAAAAUUAUUCCUCCAUAACGCCCACCUUGUUGUCCCUGUCGUAUUAGUAGGGUUAUAUGUGCGUCCUUAAGACGCGUGAGAAAUAUUUUUGUAGAAUAGAAAUGUGACACUUUUUUUCCUUCCGUUUCGAUGUGUGCGUAGUCCCUUAAUGAAAUUUUCCCCUAUUGAUUUUGAAACUAUUUUUUAAGUGUUCUAAAUUUUAUAUAUUUGAGGCGGGGGCAAACCGUUUCUCGAUUUGGAUUUCGGUUUAGCUCUGUAAAUGUAAAAAAAAGUAAAAUCACAUUUUUAAUCAUUGAAAUUUGUUCUCAAAUUUGAUAUUCCUAUGAUUGCACCAAAUGAUCUUGAGGCAUAAGAUAAACUGUAUGAUAAAGCAAGAUAAUGAUAACGAAUUUUCAAUCCGAAGCUGCAUAAUUAGACGCAGUUAGUUGCCGCCACACCCUAGGCUUCUGACGUGUACUAGAUUAAAUAAAAAGCAAAAUUCGACGUUCGACUUCUAUCUCGAAACAACGUGUCGAUAAAUUGUAAGGCAGUAUGAACUAUUUAUUCAUUUAUACUACGAACUAUGAUUGUAUAUGGUAGCAAAGUAAAGAGUACUUUAAUCAGAAUUACAGAGCAUAAAAAUAAAACUUCGAACAUCAAUGCUAGCCGCAUAA